AAUGUGUUGUGUCUUGCAGGGCGUCUGGGUUCCACUUCCAGCAACAGCUCCUGUGGAAGUGCAGAGUACUCUGGGGAAGUCAUCCUGCACCAUCCAGGUCUUCCCAAGUCUGAUCCUGGACACUGGUGGGCGAGCUUCUUCUUUGGAAAACCGACUCAUCCAAUCAUGACAACUGUAUCGGAAUCCCCAGAGAACUCAGGCACUUUCCAGGUGGCGCACGGCACGAUCACAUGUGACCUGGCUCAGGAACUAAUGAGGAAGCGCCACGCCAGCGAGCCCAGCAAGCCCAGCGCCGGUCCCACCGCGUGAGGAGGCUGAUGGCCCGUCGGCUGGCCCUUCUGACUUGGAAGGCUAGGAGUCAGAGUCCAUUUUCCACUCCCCCUCCCUGUAGAGUAGGUAUAGGCUGCCUCGAGUACCACUUUAGACGUAGGUUUUUAUAAAAACAAAAAUGCCAACUUAAAAAAAACAAAAACACCAAACAAACCUUCUAUACACCAUCUUUUCUACUCUUUUUUGGGUUUUUUUUAAUUAUUAUUUUGGUAAAUUCAACUACGUCUCUUUUUUUUCUUCCAACACAGCCUUGAUAAAGCUCUCUCUUCUUUUUUCUUUUUUUCUUUUUUGUAUUUUGUACUCGUCUAUGGAAACUAAUAAAGCCUGAGCAGCCUUUUAAA